GUAAAAUUUAUUUAUGCAUAAACUGACUUAAAGAUUUAUAAUAGAAAUACCAGACCAUGAGUAUAAUGAAGGGAAGGUUUUCUAUUUGAUAAGAACAACAAAUAUAGAGACUAAUAUUACAAAAGAAGUGAAAAAAAGAUAUUCAGAAUUAGAGUUGAUUCAUUCAAAAAUUAUAGAUUGGAUAAAUAUUUUUAAAAUGAAUAUUCCUUAACUAAACUUUCCAAAAAAAAAAAUACUAUUCUCAACUAAUAUAUCAGAGGAAAAAAUCAUUAAUAGGGUAUUUAAAUUUAUUUAUUUAAGAGAACAGAACUUCAAAUAUACUUAAAUGAUGUUUUCUAGCAUUCAGAUCUCUAUGUGUUAGAUGCUCUUUAAGAAUUUAUGCCUCUCGAGAAGAACUAAAAUUUAUAAGAAUCAAAGUUAACUAAUACAAAUACAAAAUCAAAUAUGUAUUGGUCAGAAAUCGAAGAAUUGAAAAAGUCAUAUUUAGCUAAGCAUGAAAAUCAAGUUUUUUCUUUAUCUUAAUCGAAAUAGUUCUAUGAAAACAAGUAAUUAAAAUAUAUUAUCUUAUUUAGAUAGUAAUAUACUUUCAAAUUUGAAGAUCAUAAAAUAUAUAACAAUUUUGCUAUAUAUAUGAUUUCUAUUAAUGAUCAUCUAACAGGAAAAAAUUGGAAAUUUAGUUAAAGAUAUAAAGAUCUAAGAGAGUAUGAUCAUUAGUUAAGAAAAAUGUAAUUGCCAUUUGUGUUACCUGAAUUCCCAGAAAAGAAAUUUAUUAAUUUAGAUGGUGAUUCUGAUUUAUCAGAAAGAAAAAUAGAGUUAGAAAACUAUCUAAAUUAAUUAUUUAAGUAUAAAAAUAUUUUAAUAUAAAGAUAUCCAGAAAUAGUUAAAAGUGAUGCAAUGGUGUUUUUCAUAAUAAAAAGUUAAUUAUAUUGUAAUGAAAUUGGUUGCAGAUCUAAUGGUUAAUUUAAAAAUUUAGAAUUCGUAAGAGUGAAAAGUAAAUCUAACGUAAUUAAUCAAAAAAUCAAUGAGGAAAUAAAGAUUCCUAGAAAAAUUACUUGUUGA